CCUCAAACAUCAAUCACCAUUGUUUUAUAGUACAGUCAAAGUUACUCGCAGUUGCGCGUGACUCGGUUAAUUUUCGUCUUUUCCGGACCUAACAACAGACGAUGAUGGAUCGUGGCACAUCGCUUGCAGACAGGAUAAGGAUCAUGCAUCAUUCGGUUUGGAAUGCUGAGAUAUCUCAUCCUCGCAGACGAAUCCGGAUGUGCGAUACAAGCGUAUCGUGGUGACACCCAUGUGCCCUGGGUCAUGCAAACCUGAGGUUAAUUCCUGUGGCCCCCUCGUGGCUCUGCUUCACCGUAAAGUGAAGCAGAUUUCACAUCCAUACUGUAGCAACACGUCAAGUGAAUGGCGAUAGUGGUCCUGGAGAGACGGCAUAUCUUACAGACUUUACACAUCUUACCAGCAGCAUAAUCACACCAUAACCUGCUUUAGCAGUGGAACUGAAUGACCCGCCUGGUUCACCUACCACCGGAACUGGCGUCCGUCCAGCUAACCUUAUUCUUGGUCGUCCGUUCUUGGGGCACUGGUGAACCAAACACCUCCUGGCACCCCGCGCUUCCGCCAUCCCAUCGCCGGCAGAGAUGCUAAGUGGCCAGCAUCGAGCUCAUAACCGACAUAUCUCUCACCCGGCGAAGAGACGGCUUCUCCAGCCAGGAACUGCCUCUGGCAGUGCGUUGACUUGUGGCUCCGAGUCUCCGUGGUCCUCUCGGAUCUUUUGGAGCCGGUGAAUAGCCACCUCAGAGCUUAUGGAACGUUCAUCAACCCCAAUAUCAAACCUCAAGAGGUGGGAUGGCGAUACCAAGGGGUGUACGGCUUGGGAUAGCCUGAGAAGGGACCCGGAGCUAUGGUCUAGGGACGGGAGCUGCCUCGUCUACUUGUACGAGCAAGGUAUCUCACGGCGGGGUCCCUCGUUCAAGGUCAAUCUUGAUGUGCUCUUUGCGGCCAAGUGCCACCCCUUGGUGGCGAGAUAUGCUUUGCGAGAUACUCCUGAUUGGACAUCGUCAGACGCCGAAGAAGCUCUGGUGAGCGAGCUCAUGGGUGACGCCAUUUCAAGUGAUAGAGUCGAGCUCUACAUCCCAAAUCCUAUAUCUGUCGGCAGGCCAGAUGUUCGGAACCAUCAGAUUUCUAUUCGCAACCUUUUUGCCUGGGUGUUUCGUCGGCCUGUUGUGGGUGAGCACCUCGGGUCGGCACUCAUCAGUCUGCUGAAUAGCUUGAGAGAGUAUCGUUGCCCUGAUGAAGAUAACAUGGGCAGCAUCCUGGGCUACAUAGAUGAGCUGGGCUAUCUGGACAUGUCAAACCGACCCUUUCACGCCCUCGCUUUGGUACACUUUGCUGAGCACUUUCGACUAAAAGAUCUAUACACCGAUGCUCUAUGUCACUGUGUGGGUAUGUCUGACCACCUCAGUGACAUUCCUGAGUUUCAAAUUAUUAGCUCUCCAACGCGGAAACUGAUACGACAAACCAAGGCUGAAAUGAGCACAUACUUGGGCAGAGCAGGUCAACAGCUCCGAGACUUUCUAGAAAGCGACUUCCGAGAAAGCCAGACAAAACUCACCCCAGGAGAGCAUUCGCACUUGGAUCGGUUUCGAAUGUUUCUUGCGGCGUACUUUACAAAACGGCUAGGAAGAUACCCACCGGCAUCGAUUGAGCCACCAUAUCUUGUAUUUGAGCGGGAUGUCUAUGCCACAAUGCAUCAGGACCUGGACGCCCUGUACCAGCACCUUGCGGACACUACUCUCUGCACCACUAGCAUGCCGACCUUGGCUCACCUCAAGACCGGCGGCACAGUUCUACAGAUUGUUCAUGGAUUUGACGAGCGGAAUAAGUUCACGCCGCUGGACCAUCCUCUACCUUUGGUGCCGGAGGUGAUUCCGAAGCCGGCGACCCGCAAGUUAUCAUGGCUCAGCAGGAGUGACAAGGUGAAACCUAGACAAACAUUGGUUGAUCAUGCGUCUUUGAUCAAGGCUACCAACAAGCAGAGAUCACUGAUGGCAAAUCCACUUGUCGUCGCUUAUCGGAAGCUCGAAGAAGAUGCAGUCUUCUUUCCUUCCAAAGCAGACAAGAACGAAAAGCUGACACACGCAGACACACGCAAGGCCCGUUGGGUUCUGAUUUAUUGCAUCAGCCAAAUACUGCGAAGUUGUUCAUACUCCCCACCGACAUGCCGGAACAUGGAGGGCGUUCGGUACAACAUCGCCAUUGACACCAGCACCAUCAUACAUCCAUGGGGAAACGAGCCAGAGCCCCCUUCUCCGGCUCCAGCGUGUCCAAUGCCGAAGCGAUCAAACACUCUUGCCAACAGGCCAUCAUCCCCGAUUUUGGGAAGGCCCACUUUAUCCGAAGCCAAACUUUCUGUUCCACCAUCCUGCGACAGCCUCUUGACCGUGUCACCACCCUGUUACACCCCGGUGACCGUCCGGCCAUCUAUCGGGUCUCUCUCGGCUCGAAAACCACAUCACUUCCGCGCGUCAUCCUCAUUUGCCAAGCCAACCCCUCUGCGUGCCUUCUCGACCUCCAGCCAGCAACACCAUUAUCCCCAUAUUCCCAUCCGAGUCGGCAGCACCCGUCGUGGCAGAUUCCGCCGCCCUUCCUGUCACACUUUUGGCUCUGUCGACAGGUUUUCAGUCGAAGAUCUCAAACCUCUGCCCCUCAGCCUGACAGCCCGCGGGCCACAGGCGAACGGUAUUUGCUCCUCAUCAACAGAUGGCUUGGCUUGGGCCAGCAACGAUGCAAGCAGCAGAAGAAGCAGCAACAGCAACAGGAGCAGCAGCGGCAACAGUGGAGAAGACAGCAUCGGGGACACCAGCAGCAAAGUCUCAGACGCGUCCACCGAGGUCACCACACCGGACAACAUUAAAUCCACUGAAGUUUCCGUCACGUUAGCUCCCGAUGUUCUCUCCGGCCUCGCCGGGCUACGUCCCCCUCCACCACCGCCGCAGUCAGCCUUGCCACCUUUACCCCUUUCGUGGCCGCCUCACGAGGGGCAGCUUCACGGCGAUGGUAGUCGAAGCAAGGUAUCGUCUAUGGGUGAGACAAACGGAUAUGAACAGCAGCGAGACGAGACGAUCAAUGAUUUAGAGGUGAGCAUGCAAAAGAUGGCGUCGAGCGAUUCCGUGUGCACGCUGUCCAGCAGCGUGUGCUCGGAUGAUGCGCAGUCACAGCAUAGUUUGAAUCAAUUGCCACUGCCGCAGCCGCCUCCGUUACCUAAAAAGAGCAGCAGGAGGAAGCUGGCGGGAUUGCAUCCUAGACCUCUGAGGAUCAGGAAGGUGGCGGCUACGGUUGGAUUGGGUGGAAGUUCCCAGCAGCAGUAGAGCCUGAAUGGGGACGGGUAUGGGGAAUGGGCAUAGGAGGUAAAGGAGUGUGCACAGGUUGUUGGAUUGGUUCAACUUGGGUUGACAUACCCACCUGGUUGUUGGGUUUAUGACUUUGUACUGUCGAUAUCCACUCGGCUUGAAUUCUGCAACAGGUAUCUAUAACAUGAGUACAUAGUCGUCUCUUGUCAGGAGGGACAAAGCUUGUCCUCCUCGCCGAAACUUUGGCUCGGAAAUCCACAAGGUGAUAAGAGUUGUAGUCCAGAGUUAACUUGGCAGGAACACAAGAUGGACUACACGGCCCAAAAGAACUCAAAACGCAUUCCACGUGGCAAGGUGUUACUACUUUGGUGAAACAGUAGAAGCA